UCCAAGCGGAGUGCGGCGCCCUGCCGAGCGGCCCCACCCACCGACCCGGGCAGUUGGGCGUCGUGCGCCGGUACCUGGCGGGGAGCUGAGAAGUUGCUGGCGGGACGCGGAGGCUCGCGGUGUUCCUAGAACAGGAGAUGGAAUCACAAAUGUCUUCCAGAAGUGCAUUGUCGCAGCACAGAUCAAGGCAGCAUGGCAGAUCUACACAAUAUGAUGAAGUAUUUGUGGAUUCCUCUUUUCUAGAAGAUACAGAAAGUCUGCCUCAAAGUUCACAAAACGCUGAACUGCUACUGAGUGCAGAUCGCUUGCCGCCACCACCUCUCCCACUGCAACCACCUCUCGGCCCUGAGUUUUACCCAAGUAAUAGUGAAGAACCCUCUGAUCUGAAACCAGUAAGACGAUUUAUUCCAGACUCCUGGAAGAACUUCUUCAAAGGGAGAAGAAAUAACCCAGAAUUGGAUAAGCCACCGUCAGAUAUAAAAUACACUUCCAGUGGAGUUGAAUGUUCUCCACCAGCAUCUCCAGUACAGCAAAAUCACAAGUCAGCUGCUAGUUCCUAUAAAGACCCAUAUGGAGGAUCAGGUGGAAGCUAUAAUUCAGGCAAACAAGCUGAAGCCAUGCUUACCCAAGAUCCUUAUGCCUCCCUAGAACGACAUACUCAAAUGGCUCUAACUUACAGUGAGAAGGUGGAAGCUUAUAAUUUGAGAUACUCCUACAUGAAAUCAUGGGCAGGUUUACUCAGAAUUCUGUGUGUUGUAGAGCUGCUUUUAGGUGCAGCUGUCUUUGCUUGUGUCACAGCCUAUAUACACAAAGAUAAUGAAUGGUACAACAUGUUUGGAUACUCACAGCCAUAUGGUUUUACAGCAAACAGUGUAUAUGGAGGCUAUUAUUAUAGUGGCCCCAAAACUCCUUUUAUACUUGUAGUAGCAGGCUUGGCUUGGGUAGUGACUAUAGCGCUUCUAGUGCUUGGCAUGUCAAUGUACUAUCGAACUAUUCUUCUGGACUCGAAUUGGUGGCCUUUAACUGAAUUUGGAAUUAAUGUUGCAUUAUUCAUUCUGUAUAUGGCGGCUGCAAUAGUCUAUGUGAAUGAUGCUAACCGAGGUGGACUCUGCUAUUACCAAUUAUUUCAAACACCAAUGAAUGCAUCAUUUUGUCGCAUAGAAGGGGGACAGACAGCAGCAAUGAUCUUUUUGUUUGUUACGGUGAUUGUCUAUCUUAUUAGUACAGUAGUUUGCCUAAAGCUAUGGAGACAUGAAGGAGCAAGGAGGCAUAGAGAAUUAAUGGAACAAGAGAUGAAAACACAAUCUUUUCUACCACAAAGGAUGUAUGAAAGUAAAGACAGACCAAGAGAAGAAGUCAAUUACAAGCAAUUUACAUCGGUGGAAAUGAAACCUGAACUACUUAAUAGCCAUAUACCAUCAGGGCACAUUCCUAAGCCUAUAGUGAUGCCAGACUACUUAGCGAAAUACCCAGCAAUUCAGACAGACGAUGAGCGAGAUCGCUAUAAAGCUGUGUUCAACGAUCAGUAUGCUGAAUAUAAAGAGCUUUCUGCUGAAGUUCAGGUGGUCUUAAAAAAAUUUGAUGAUUUGGAUGCAUUGAUGAGUAAGCUGUCUCUUCACCCUGGAAACACACUGGAACAUGACAGAAUUUCAAAAGUUCUGCAAGAAUACAAAAAGAAGAAGAAUGAUCCUACAUUUCUGGAGAAAAAGGAACGUUGUGAAUAUCUAAAGAACAAACUUUCUCACAUAAAACAAAGAAUUCAGGACUACGAUAAAGUUAUGAAUUGGAACGUACAGACAUAGUAUCACUUUAACUUUAUGUGGAAGCUACUUAGUAUUUCGAAAUAGAAAUUAUUUUUAAAUAUUUAUCUUCAAAAUUUAUCAGCUUCCUAAUGUGAAACCAAUUGCUUCCUCAAUCAAUGCCUGUAUGUAGUAUAUUUAAAUCUUGUGCGUUUGACAGGUUUUGUAUGCAAUCCUAUUUUAAAUGCAAUAUAACAAAUAAAUUAACAAGCUAUUUUAUGGCAUCUACAUUAAUUGUAAGCUUUAGUACUAGAUUAAUGCUCAAGUCUGUCCCUUUUUAUAUAAUCAUAGGUAUGAUAUUUUUACUCAUCUGUUCUCCCUUUCUUCUGUCUUUGUCUUUAAAUGUGUGCACCUUUUCCACCAGAUCUGGUUCUUCUAGAUCUAGUCAAGAAUCUGUGCAGUAGUGCUGUAACAACCUCAGAUAGUGACUUGAUGUAUUUCCUGUAUAGUUAGAGUCCUGCAGAUAUCCACUUCAUAUCCACAGAUCAUGUUUGCGGAUUGGAUGCAGAUACAAAUUUUGUAUCUGUGCAGGGCUCUACAUAUGGUAUUGGAAAUAACUGGGCUGUUUUUAUGGCCAUAAUUCAGCAGAGUAUUUAAACACUUCAGUUCAAAUAAAUGAAACUGUUCAUUCAUGUCCUACAUGCUCCACGAAAUCAGAGCCACUUGUUAGUCUUUGCCUAUUUUUUUCCCCCCAUUCUGAGGAUUGUUGUUUUCUGUAGGGAGAACCCACAGAUUUCUCAGAAACUACUGAGUGGCGUCUGCCAGACAGGAUGGAGAGAAAUGUGGUACAAGCCUUCUUACUGUUUGAUCGUGAAUAUUUAUUUAAUUCUUAUAUCUUUGUCUUUUCUCAUGCAGAAGUUCUAAAGAAAGCAGUUGAAGUUUUGCCUAAAUAAGGACUGCAUAACAGGUCCUAUAUUAGCAACCAUAGCAUAGCUUAAUUCUGACCUCUGUUUUGCAGCGGUGAGGUAACUUAUUCACAUUCAAGAGGAACGUGACUCUCUUGUUUGAGAAAACUGGAGAGAGUAGCUGAUGCAGGUAAUUGUAAACAUUAGGAGUCAAAUGUACACAAUUUUUAAACUUUAAUUCUCAGCAUAAAACCUCCCAAAAAAGUUACGGUAUAUAAACCAUAAGCAUGUGAUGAAAAUCCAAGUGAA